GGGUUUAAUUUUGAUGUCGGUGUAGCCCGUACCGGUGAUAGUGCGAGUGGGGGCUUAAUACGGAAGAACUGAUGACAAUCUUAGAUUGACAAUUGAUAAUCUCUCAAUCUCUCUCUUGUAUGAGUUAUGAUUUCAAAUGAAAAAUCAUCGAUGAGGAGACGAGCAUCUGAUUUUCGAAGGCCAGUGAGGAAGCGAUACUCGAAUCUCUUGUGGCUGAUUCCAACCGCCUUCUUAAUUUUGUUCAUCUUCGUUCUUUUCGGUCGACAUAACCGAUCUGAAUUCGAUCUUUCUUCAGUUCAGAGGAAUUCUAGGCAUUAUGGAUUUGUUGAAGGACUUAACGUUACUGAUGAAAUGUUGAGUCCUCGGUCAAUUACACGACAACUGAAUGACCAAAUUGCACUUGCAAAGUCUCUUGUUGUGGUUGCGAAAGAAAGCAAUAACUUGCAGUUUGCAUGGGAGCUUAGUGCACAAAUCCGUAAUUCUCAACUCCUGCUCUCAAAUGCUGCAACGAGGAGGAUUCCAUUAACAAUUAAGGAGUCGGAAACAGCAAUCCGUGACAUGGCUAUCUUACUCUAUCAAUCCCAGCAACUCCAUUACGACAGUGCAACUAUGAUAUUGAGGCUUAAAGCUAGGAUUCAAGCGCUAGAGGAACAAGUUAGCUCUAUCAAUGAUAAGAGCUCGAAGUACGGACAAAUUGCUGCUGAGGAGGUCCCUAAGAGCUUGUACUGUUUGGGCGUUCGUUUGACUGCUGAAUGGUAUACACAAUCUUCUAAUCAAAGGAAGAUAUCUGGAGGAGAUUUGAAUUCAGAAAAAUUUAGAGAUAAUAGUCUUCAUCACUUCUGUGUGUUCUCAGACAACAUUCUCGCGACAUCAGUGGUGGUCAAUUCAGCCGCCAUAAACUCCAAUAAUCCUAAUAUGCUUGUAUUCCACAUUGUGACUGAUGAAGUCAAUUAUGCACCAAUGAAGGCCUGGUUUUCCAUGAACAAUUUCCAUGGUGUGACAAUUGAGGUUCAGAAAUUUGAAGAUUUCAGCUGGCUUAACGCCUCUUACGUCCCUGUCUUAAAGCAGCUCCAAGAUUCUGAUACCAAAAACUACUAUUUCUCGGGAAACAGUGAUCAGAUGCGCACGCCAGUCAAAUAUCGCAACCCCAAGUAUCUCUCCAUGCUUAACCACCUCAGAUUUUAUAUUCCGGAAGUUUUCCCUUCUCUUCAAAAAGUAGUGUUCCUUGACGACGAUGUAGUUGUCCAGAAGGAUUUGUCGCCGCUUUUCUCUAUUAAUCUGAAAGGAAAUGUAAACGGAGCUGUGGAGACUUGUACGGAGACGUUUCACAGAUACCACAAGUACCUAAAUUAUUCUCACCCAUUAAUACGUGCUCACUUUGAUCCUGAUGCAUGUGGAUGGGCUUUCGGAAUGAAUGUGUUCGAUUUGAUCGAGUGGAGAAAGAAGAAUGUCACUGGCAUCUAUCAUCACUGGCAGGAGAAAAACGUUGACAGAACAUUGUGGAAGUUGGGUACAUUACCUCCUGGGCUUUUGACCUUUUAUGGUUUGACUGAGCCUCUUGAUCCCAGCUGGCAUGUAUUAGGAUUGGGUUAUGCGAAUGUUGAUCCUAAAGUGAUAGAGAAGGGAGCUGUCCUGCAUUUCAAUGGAAAUUCAAAACCGUGGUUGAAGAUUGGGAUGGAAAAGUACAAGCCACUCUGGGAUAAAUAUGUUGAUUACUCUCACCCAAUGAUGCAGCAAUGCAAUGUCCAUUAACGCACUAGUGGCUGAAAGGGUACUUAUUUGUCAUCAAACAAGCAUAUGUUUGCAGAUAAUUAUAUAGAAUGUGUUAUUAGAGAGGGCCCAGAGACAGUUGAAACCUACAGAUAGUGUUGGAAGGUGCUUAGAAGAAGGGGGCAGGAGUUUAAGAAAGUUUUGCAAAUGUUAAAACCAACCUAUUAUGUAUAGUUUACAAUUAUUUAAAAUUGGAGAAAAUAUUUUGGUUUUAGACUAUAGAUUAGGGAUUCAUUACUUGAUAUUCUUUUUUCUCUUUUUUAUAAGGAUUUUAGAUACUUGUAACUUAUGAUUCUAUAAUGGUGUAAGUGUGGAUUUUAUCUGGUGUUCUUAUAGAGGCACGCUCAAUAUACAAUUAUUAUUAUUCUCUUCAAAAUGUAUUUA